UUUUUUCUCUAAACGAGCUUUGAUCAUUUUCUCAGACCUUUCAAUUUGCGAUCUGUGCUCUUAUUUUGAAGAACUACCCUUCUCUACCCGCCAUCAUGUCUCUCCGCAUCGCUCCCCCAAGCGGCAACCCAUCCCAAACCAGCAACCUCACAACCCGCCAAGCGGGCUCGAUCACCGCCGCAAGACCCUCCAAGGGCGCCCCCUCAGCCCCCGGUCUCCCAGACACACUCCGCAACAAGCUCACGCUCCCAGCAACAGCACACGCCUCCUCGACAAACGCUAGCGGCGACAUCCCCUCAUCGACACACCCGCUCGAAGCCCGCCUGCUGGCGUGGCGCGCCACCCAGGACGCAAUGAAGAUGGAAGGUCUGCGUCGGGCGUAUGGAAUCGCCGAGCCCGUCCGCCGUGGUAUGGAGCUGAAGAUCGUGCGUGAUGGUACUUUCCGGCCUGCUGUGCUUGGUGGUGUUCGUGGGGGUAAUGUUCAUGAGGAUAUUCUCAUGCUUGGGGGUCGGGAUACAGAGGUUCAGUGGGAGGAUAUUUAUCAGGGUGAUGACCUCCGUGAGCCGCCUACCUUCCAUGAUGAGAUGGAGAAGAGGCUGAAGAUGGAUUUCUAAAUGAGCUUUUGAUGAAUGGUGUUCUUUAUGUUUCUGCGCUUUUUCUCGGUCGACUGUUCUACUAGUCUCUUCCUCAUGUCCCUCGUCAUACUCCUAUCUUAUUCCCGAAUAGAGUGCUAGAUGUUUGGAUUGAUGCAUUGUCGGUCGGCUAUACCUGUCUGUUCUUGGAUCAGGCACGGCAACGCUGUCAAUGCAUCGACUCCAUGGUCUAUUUCUACUAAGCCGUGAACACCCAAUUUAUCUAAGAAAUACACAUAUCACGACCAAUUACGGAG